AUGAGUGAAGAGGAGAAUAAACCUAUUGAAGAAACCCCAACAACUGAAAAAAAGGUCAAAAAAGUUAAGAAAGUUAAAAAAACAAAAAAGGCUUUAAAAGAACUUCCUGACUUUACUUCUGUUAAAGUAAAAUCAAAACCUAAAUCUAAAAACACAGAAAAUGAAAAGAAUGAAGGACUUUAUACGUAUGAUGAGUUAUUGGAUCGUAUCUUUGCACAAUGUAAUAUUUCUCAGAAUUCAUCAAAACAAGAAAUCGAAUUACCACAGAUCAAGGUUGUAAGAGAAGGUUCAAAACGUGUAAUUUGGGAAAAUUUCACUGAUAUUUGUAAAAGAUUACAUAGAAGUCCAGAAGAUAUCAAAGUAUUUGUAUUAGAAGAAUUAAUGACUAUUGGUUCAAUUGAUGCUAAAGGUGGAUUUACUAUUAAAGCAAAAUUACAACCACAUCAAUUAGAAAAUAUCCUUAUUAAAUAUGUCAGCCAAUUUGUUCAAUGCCCUGAAUGCAAAUCACUUGACACUGAAUUAAUUAAAGAAAACAGAAUUAAUUUCAUUAAAUGUAAUGCCUGUUCUUCUAAAUGUUCUGUUGCUGUGAAAAAGGCAAAUGAUUAA